UACCAGCGCACUAAACGCUACGCGAGGAGGCAUUUUGCGCUGUGUAUAAAGAUACCGUUGUUUCAGUACGACUUCAAUACAUCAAGGUUCCAACGCACAGUCUACACAUCAACUCUCACUUUGCCACUCCUCUACGAUUGACUGAAGAUGGCUUUCGCAGAAGCCAACCGAAAAUACUUCGACAGUUUGGCCGAAAUGUAUGACGGCAAGCCCUGGGCCAAAAAGAUAGGCGAACAGCUGGCCAAAGCCUUUCGAUCUCGCCGUGACUGGAUUGGGGUAGACUUCCUCGAUGAAGGCACCGCCAACUCUGACAAGACCGUCCGUCUUCUUGACUAUGCUUGUGGAACCGGCAUGGUCUCUCGAGCACUAGGCCCCUACGUAACAACCACAAUCGGCAUCGACAUCUCUCCCAACAUGGUCGCCGCCUACAACGAGCGCGCCACUUCAUCCGGUUUUCCAAAAUCCCAGGUCUCCGCUGUCGUCGGCGACCUAUUCGCCGCCGAGCCCUCCACAGCGCUCUCAGGGCCAGAGUACUUCAACUUCGACCUCGCGGUCGUCAGCGCCGGUUAUCACCAGUUCGACGACGUCGUGCUCUGCACCAAGCGCCUGGCCGAGCGGCUGAAGCCGGGCGGCGUGCUCGUCAUCAGCGACUUCCUCCAGGGGUCGGACACAGAUGUCUUGCACACGAACGUGGAAGGUAUUGGUGAACAUGCUCACGGCCACCAUCAUCUCGGCCACUCGCACCAUCAUGGGUAUCAUUCACACGAGCCUGCGGACUUGCCUAGCGGCAUGCGUGCGGCAAUCAAGGUGUUUGCGUUUGAUGAGGCGGGCGUGAGGGCGUUCUUUGAGGAGGCGGGCUUGGUGGGGUUUGAGAUGAGUGUUUUGGAAGAAAAGGUGCAUAUGGAGUUUGGAGGCAAGAAAAUGGAGAGCACAGUGUUUUUUGCUAAAGGGAUGAAGCCUAAGGCAUGAUUGCUUUAUUCGUAGUAAUUUUUUUUAGCCUAUGGAGUUAUUGAAACAGUGUUAUUUGAAUUCAUCUUCUUUCUGGGAUGCCAACCUCCGGGAGGCCCCUAAAGGGCUCUGAAGGUGUGCAGAGAGCUACUGAAUAUCAAUGCAAAUCACCAUGCUUCGAAAGCAUGCCAUCUACCACUUUCUCUUCGUGACCGUCUAGGAGAGCUUCGACCGUUCAUCACCGGAUGUAGAGGCCUACCGCAAACCAAUGCAAAGCACUACAG